GUGAAAACGAGAGCAAGGGAUCGCAAUAAAUAGGAGAGGUGGGAGCUGGCUCCACACUAGAGCACCAGUUACCCAGGGCUGGCUGGGUCGUUCUUCCUCUCUGCGGCUUCCUUGGCACCCACAGCAUGGCAGCAGGCAUGGCAGCACACGGCGGCGGCUGGAUCCUUGGGUUGGUGGCUCUCUGCAUCUGGAGCACCCAGCAGGGUAAGAGAGAACAUCUUCUCCCCUUGUGGGCUGCCACAUUGCUGGGUCCAACAUUCAGGAGCUCUUUCGGCUGGGCCUCUCCAGGGCAGGGGAGCCCUUCCUCUUCCUCUCUCCCUUCCUGAAUUCCACUGCCUUGAAGUUGGCACUCAAGCGUUUCCCUGCCAAUGCUCUCUGGCUCCCAGUAAAUGAUGGGGAAGUCCCUCGACCUGGGCUGCGUCCCCUAGCGGUUAACCCCCUUUGCAAAUGGUGGGUCUUCACUAGCGCUUGCUCUGGAAGCUGCAGUCGGUGCAGAAUGCUGCAACGCAGUUGCUGACAGGAGGGAGGCCUUGCACUCAGAGAUCUGCACUGGUUUCGAACCUGUUUCCGGGCAAAGUUCAAGGUCUUAGUAUUAAAUCCCUUAGCAACUUGAGGACCAGUUUGCCUGGUCCUUGCCCCACUUGACCGCUGCAGUCAGCGGAACUGGCACUGUCACCCCUUCCUCAUUUGUAAGAAAUCAAUCUUUUAGUGUGGCAACUCCUACACUCUGGAACUCCCUGUCAAUUGACAUCAGGCCAGCACCUUCCCUGUACCCUUUUCAACACCUGCUGAAACAUUUUUGUUUAGAGAAGUCUGUCCAGACAUCUAUAAUGUAAAAUGUACUUUAAUCUAUGUUUAGUUUAUUGUUGAUUUUAUGUUCUGAAAGAUUCGCAGAGUUGUUGUCAUGGUUUUUUAAAAAACUGAUAAUUUUAUGGUUUUUCUCUCUUUGAGGCUUUUUUUUAAAAACAGUCAAGUGGUGUAUACCUUUUCUGAAAUAAAAAUAUUUGCCAUUUUAAUGCCCACAUGUCUUGUUUGGAAAGCCCCUUUUCAGACUGACUGCAAACCCUUUUUCAUGUUUACUGCCUUAUAUUUGCUGCCAUGUCCCACAAGACUGGCCUCUGCUUCUGCUACUAUAGCCUUGUAGUCAGAGGACCCUGGAGAUUUGGGCUAUGCAGGUAGAUGCUGGCAGCCAGUACCUUCUGGAGGAAGCUGACCUGAUGGAUGAAGAUGCUGUUGUUCCUUUCCCAUUGCCCACUUGACCACUUGCCAGAUGGGAUCCUUGCCAGCUCUGGCUGGGCUGUGCCUGCUGUAGCCGAGAAGGGGCAACGGGUGGCCUUGGAGCAAGGCGCUUCUCUUUCUCUAACCUGGACUGCAAAGGGAGCCGAGAGAAGGGCAGACCCUCCGUUUCCCCUCCCUUACACAUUGAUUUUUCCUUUCCUUUCCUCAGUUUCUGGUGAUUAUCAGGUCAUGGACUGCUGUGUGAGAACUAGUGCGAUGCCCAUUCCUGCCAAAGUUGUCCGAGAUUACCGGGACCAGUAUGUUCAAGACGGCUGCCCAGUCCGGGCUGUGAUGUAAGUUGUGGCCCCUACUUUGCAUUCCAGGAGUCGGCUUUUUGAAAGGGAAGGGGGUAGUGUGUACAUAGAUCAUUGUGUGCCCUUACAUAGACCUCUAGCAAAUCAGAGAGGAGAAGAAAAUAGGGGGUGCAACACAAGCCUUUUUAGGGCGCAGGACCCAGUGAAGUAUGUUCAAAUUCUAUGAAAGGAGAUUCUGACUAAACAUUAGGAAGAAUCUUCUGGUGGUGAGAGCCUUCAACAGGGGAGCAGACUCCCUCAGAAGGCAAUGGGCUCUUCUUCAUGGGAGGUUUUUAAGCAGAGCUUGGGUGACCUUCUGUCAGAGGCAGGGCCGGAUUUAGGUUUGAUGAGGCCCUCAGCUCCUGAAGGUAAUGGGGCCCUUUAUAUGUCCAGCUGUCCUUUGUCAACAACAAAUUCUCACUGUUUUCUGUGUUGAAUAUACAGUGUAUGCUAUAUGGUAAUUUAUGGCCCUAAUAAGUCUCUAAAGCCAUUUGCACAUAACAAAAUAUGUAUUUUAUCAAAGUAAUUGUUGAACUGAAAUACAAUUAAGAAGAAGUAUAUUAAUAGUGAAAUACAAUUAAGAAGAAGUAUAUUAAUAGUGAAAUAAUUAUUAAGCUCUAACUUCAAAUGAUUGGGGGCCCAUUACUUACAUCAUAGGAGCCUACACAACACAAAACACUGUUGCUAUAUAUAGGUUUUAUUUUAUUUGUUUUUUAUCAUCUUUUGGAAAUGUACAACCAGUUUUUUCCUCUUUAAAUUUUUUUGGGGCCACCAAGAGAGUGGGGCCCUAAGCUAUAGCUUGUUUAUAUGUAAAUCAGGCACUGGUCAGAGGUUCUUUAGCUGCGAUUCCUGCAUUGCGGGGGGGUCAGCCUAGAUGAACCUUGGUGAUGAGUCUAUGAUUCCUUGGCUAUUUUUAAACAGAGCUCCAACAUGCUUAGAAGGAAAAGAAAGGGCUGGAACUGCAGCCGGCGGGGACAGCCCAGAAGAGGCGAUGCACCACGGCUGAAUUAACUUUGCUGCCGAUUAACUUUGGUGACAGCAGAUGCUUUUCGUCCUGGGUGUACCGUUCCCACCUGCCUGGCUGCCUUUUUGCAGACCUUUGUGGUCCCCAUUUAUCUUCAUUCCACAUCUCCUCUGCUCCAGUGACUUUUCUCGGUGGUGCUGAAUUUACACGCCUCCAGUCACCUUUGGCCAAGCAGUCAAGUGUGCAAGAGGCCCAUGGCAGCUUCUUCCAGGAUGAAGUGUCUGCUGUGGGAACGGUGUGGAGCUUCAGCCUUCCCUUGUAGGAAGGACACAGCUUGGGGGUCAGGUUGGAGGUGCUGCAGGAUUGGGGCGAUGGAACCCCAUCCGGCAUAGAGGAUUAAUUGACCCCCAUGAGAGGGGUGGUUGGGAUCCUGAUAUGCUCAGAUGAUUCCCACAAGGCCAGGUGUGGGGAAAGGAACAAAGGAUUCUCCCCACGUCCAUUCCUUUAUGCGCUUCCAACUUAAUGGGAAUUCCUCCUAUCAGCACGCAGCAACCACUAGGCAGGAUGGCUGUGCUCUGCAUCCACAGCUGGAAGCAGCACAGCUUCUGAAGGCCAGUUUCCGGAAACCACAGGAGGGCUUUUGGACUCAAACCCCUUUGAGAUAUCUGGUUGGCCGUUGUGGGAACCGAAGGCUAGACUUGCUUGACCCCCUUUGGCCUGAUCCAACAGGCUCUUCUUAUGUUCUUAACCAGCCAUCCCAGACCCAAACGGCAGCUGAUAGGUCAAACUUCUACCAACCUGAUGCUCUACGGAAGCUGCAGACUACAACUCCCAUCAGCGCUAGCUGGCUGGGACAGAUGGGAGUUGUAGUCCGAAACAGCUGGAGGGCAUCAGUUUGGGGAACCUUGGCAGGAGACAUUCUCCUUCUCUGUCCCAUCUAGUUGCCAGCCAUGUGCUGUUGAGCAAGAGCAUCCUAAAUGAAGUAAUAUUGUGUUGGCUUUGUAGUAAUGGGUAAUGACAAACAUUGUUUCCAGUUACUAUAAUUUGACUUCUCAUUCUAGGCCUACAAAGUUUAGCAAGUCUUAUAUUAAAUCAAGACUUCACAAUCCUCCUUUGAGAUGGGUGGAGGGUUGUCUUAGGAAUACUGUAAUUCAAAGUUCAGAGGAGUUAAGCAUGCCUGUUUUCAUCUAAUUUAAGAACUGUCUGUUGUCUGGGACAAUCGGUGUAACCAGAAACCUCUCCUUGCAGUCCCGGAGCCUGCAAUUCUUGGAGUCCUGCAUUUCUUGUAACCUGACAUCACUACAACCCGCUCCAUGCUCUGUUAAACCCACAAGAGGGAAAUAUCUGUUGCAUUUCCACUCCUCUGCCCUCCCACUGCGAAAGAGAGCAAAGUUCAGGUGUACAUGGUCUUCCCCUGCUACUAUCUAGGCAUAUAAUGGGAUCAACUUCCAUGCAAAUAAAACGACUUCUGUGGUCUGUGGCUUGCAGCCAAAAGCGAGACUGAGAGAACAUUGCACAAACUUCAGCCACCAUGUCCCGUUCACAGCGACUUCCCUGGCACGAUGCCAGGCUGUGCAAAUGAGGUGGAACGAGAUCCCACCAAGGCAACUUCGGUUGCUUUCAAGAAGUGGCAAAAGUGUUGAGUUGCACGGACCAUUUCCCCUGGCAACUUAAUCAGGGAUUCUCACCGAUGAAGGGCUCCACAGAACCAGAAAGCAUGAAAGAGGUCAUUUGGCCCCACCUUUCCUCCUGGGGAGGGGCAGCAAUGUGGCAACUGCUGCCUAUAGAUCUCUGGCGCCCAAAAUUUUUGGAGUCCCUACCUGCUUGGUUCCAUAAAUUUAUCCCCAGUGCCCCCUACCCAACCCCAUAGAAAAGCAUAGUUCAGAAUAGUGGUUCCCACUAAGGAAGAGAAUAAUGCAAUAAAAUUUGAAACGGUAACAAUUAAUGGCACAUCUAUUCAAAAUCCAAUGAAAGCUACUUAGUUUAAUUAAUUCAACAAAAUGGAUGAACUUGAUCCAGUGAUCCACUGCCACCCACUUGCCUCUUGGCAACCCCAAGGUAAUCCCAUUGCCCCUUUAGGGGCCACUACCUCCAUGGAAAAUGAGCAUGGUCCCAACUAAAGAAGAAUGGCCACUUAAACUGAUGGAAUAUGCUCAGCUUGCAGACCUAACUUAUAGAAUAAGAGAAGAAGAAGAACAUUCAUUUAAAGAAGAUUGGAAAAUGUUUAUUGAAUAUAUGGGGGAAAUUGUGUACACUUGAAAACGUCGGCAGCAUUAAGAUAAAUUCAGCAGCGUAAAUAAGGUUUAAUGGAUGUAAUAAUGGAUGUAAAAUAUGCAGGGAUUUGUGGUAUGCAAAAUGAACCAUGGAAAGAGAAGAAAGGAAGUAUUGAUAUUUUAAGGUUGUUUAAAUGAAUAUUCUAAAAUGCAAAACAGAAAAAAUUAAUAAAAAUUAUACAAAAAGGGGGGAAACAACUGCUUUAGACCAUGCAAUGCAGAUAUUUCGGGGGGGGGGAGGGGCGCUAACAGGAGGGAUAUCUAAGAUGGCAGAGGCAUCCUGGUCAUCUGCUCAUAUUUUUUCCUGCUCUUUGUGUUUCCAGUUUCACCACCAUCAGAGGGCGGAACCUCUGCGCCCCUCCCCACGCCCCGUGGGUGAAGCAUCUGAAAGAGACGUUGAACCGCCGAAACCAUAACAGGGUGAGGUGUCUGUUUAGUCACCCUUUCCCAGGGAAAAUGUACUCUUUGGUGCUAAAUUGGAGUAAACGUCAAUCUGGAGAAAACUGAAAUGGGUGUUUGUUCCAAUUGAACACUACAGAGUGGUUUUCCCCAGAUGAAAGCUGCUGUGAGAUCUAUUUGAGGUCUCAAGUAGGAUCCGAUCCAAUGGAUUCAAAUGGCAACCUCUCUCACAAGCCACCAACUUCCGAGGUCAUAGAGUUGCAAGGGGACCCCAUGGUCAUAGAAUCACAGAAUUGUAGAGUUGGAAGGGACCCGGGGGUCAUCUAGUCCAACCCCCUGCAAUGCAGGAAUCUCAACUAACUCUUUCAAGUCAGAUGGCCACCCAACCUCUACUUAAAAUCACCCCAAGGAAGGAUUUUUGAGGGAGUCCAUUCCACCGCCAACUGGCUCUUCCCAUCAGAAAGUUCUUCCUGAUGUUUCGUCAGAAGCUCCUUUCUGGUCAUUUGAAUCUGUUGGGUCAGAUCCCCUCCUCUGGAGCAGCAGAAAACAAGUUUCCUCCAUCUUCUGUGUGACAUCAGUGAAUGUGGGGCUGGAGAGGGGUGGCAAAAUUAGUCCCAGCAAAGCCAAGAAACUGGGUCUGGAAAAGUCUUGCUGGUUUGUUUUUAUUUCAUCAAGUGUAUACACUGCCUGAUUGUAAAAGGAACACCUCAAAGAAGUUUGCAAAAAAGAUAAACCAAUAAAAUCACCACUAAGAGCAGUUAAGAGCAAUAAUGUAAGACAUUCAAAAAUGUAAAAUGACAGCAGACUGAAAUCAGAUUAAGGGCUCCUUCACACUUCUUCUUGUCUUGUGCCAGGAGAGCCCAGCUCCAAGUGGCUUCCCCCUUGCCCCACCCGUUUCCCAGGGAAAAUGUACUCUUUGGUGCUAAAUCGGAGUAAACGUCAAUCCGGAGAAAACCCAAAUGGCUGUUUGUUCCAAUUGAACACUAUAGAGUGGUUUUCCCCGGGUGAAAGCAGCGGGAAAAGAAGAUGGGUGGAUAAGGCCCAAGACUUGAAACAGCCUGCCAAACAUCUAGGUAGGCUUGUCAAAAUGACAAUGCUUUUAGCAGGUGCCAAAAAGAGCCCCGUGAAGGUGCCUGCUUGCGAUUAAAUGGACAGGGAAUUCCAAAACGUAGGUGCUGCCACACUGAAAGAUUGAGUCAUUACAGUUGGGGAAUGGGGGUUAGGCGGGACCCAUAAUAGGGCCAAUUUUGCUGAUUGAAGCAGUUUUGACUUCCCUGGUUGUCAGUAUACAAUGGGGGGCCUUGUGACAACCUGACCUUCUGAGCCCUUCUGUCUGGGUGGGACAACCACCUGAAGAAAUGCUGCUUUGGUGGCAGCUGAGUUUGGCAGGAUGGGGUGGCGGAUCCAUUAACGCUGCUUUCCGUCUUCUCCCAGAGGUCAUCUUGGCGUUCCUUCUAGACGGCCGGCUGACCCCCUUGCAUCCUAGAGGAGGAACCUCAAGCAAUCAGCUUCAUCCAAUGCCUGCAUUUCCCCAAGAUGGACCACUCAUCUAAUCCAGCAAGCUCCUUCUUUGUGCUCCUGCGUUCGAGCAGUUUGCCCCCUUGGAAAUGGGGGGUCUUUGCCUCUGGACUAUUGUAAAGCCUUUCUGCUGCAUUCUUGCAUUUGCAAAUAUCCAUCUCAAGUUAGUUGAUUCAGACCCCACCAGUUGCAAAAGCUCCCAGCUGUUUGCUAUACACCUUCAUACACAAAUCCCAGUUUCCUGAGGUUCAAAACUUCCCAUUGUCUGAAUAGAUGGUCCAUGUAUUCUUUAGCCGCCUUAGAGGCUGCUUUGCCUUCUUCCUAGACACAAUCUGGCCACAUUCACUGCUCUUCAGGGAACAGAGAGGUCGCCUUCAGCGCUGCUCGUUUUUGCUUGGGCUGUUUCCUUGUUAUUCUGAAAUUUUGAAAUUGUGCUGCUGAUGGUGCAUUUGGUGGGUUAAGGAACAAGCAAAUUAUGAGGAUUAUGAGGCUGCAAAAGAUGAAGGUGACAGGGCACAGAAGAGGAGGAGAAUGCAAAACAGUGGUAUAAACCUGGUUUGGGGCAGCUGUGGCCCUGCAGAUGUUGCUGGACUACAGCUCCAUUCAUCCCCUGACUAGCUUAGCAAUGUGGGCAUAUUGUAGAAUCAUUUUUGGGUGUGUUAGGUGUGCCAGAACCCUUGGCUUUUUUAAACAUGGCCUGGAAUUGCCUCUGUGCAUGUUUAAAAAUGUCUCUUAAUGGAAAUUAAGUCCAGGCUAACAAUCAUGCAUGCAAUCUGGGUGCCCAAAAGGUAGUUUUUUUCUCUUUUAUCAGCCAAAACAAAUAGCCUGUUAUUCAAGGCUAAGAAAAUUACCGUACUAUCUGCGAGGAACCCUGUGGAUCUUGGCUGUGUGAUUUGGCAAAAGAGAGAAAGGAAAACUCACAAUGAUGCAAUGGGGCAGCUAGUCAAGAUAGUGGAAACACAAGGAUGAGAAAGACAGAGCACAUGAUGGGGCACAAAGGCCCCAAUCCGAGACAGAUGCAACAUUCAUAACCACAAAACAGGAACUUUAAGGCAGAUCUGGGAUGAAUUUGCUUCUCAAACACUCCUUGAACUUCUCCUUUGUGAAUGUUGUUGUUCAUCUUCUCCAGAGGUUGUCUGAUUCCUUGAAUAUUUGCUGAAUGUUUUCUAGCUAGUUGAUAUUGGGUAUCCAAUGAUAUUGGGACUUCAGUGUUUAAUGCUUUACAGCUGGUGCGUGACAGCACAUGGGCUGCUUGGCGCUUGAUAGCACUGACAUCUGAAUCUGUUUCCAGUCUUCAGGGAUCACUCCGGCACAAAUGGUCUCUUCUGCCAAGAGAACCUGCACAUCUGCUACAAAACUCCUUAUGCGUUGCUAAGGAUUCUGGGCUCACUUUAAAUUUAGGCCAAUUGUGAACCAGAAGUGUGGCUUAGAACGAACACAAUAUAUCUCCAUGACAGUGCAGAGCAGAGACAUGUAUUUACCAGGCUGCCUUUGAAUAUCACUUGCAGUGAUAAUGAAGGUUUGACAGCUGAUUCAAACUGUCAAAAGACUCAUGAACAAAGGCUAGGGCAUUACCAGAUGCAAAUACUUCACAUCCAAAAUGUGAUUUUCAAUGCUGAAUUAGAAAUCUGAAUGACAAAACUGGGAAGUUCAGAGAAAGUUGAGUAAUUGGGAGUUUUCAUUUGAAACCUGAUUAACUGGUGAGGGCAUCUUAUUCCAAUGUCUUGUGUUUCUUAAAAAAAAUAUGGAUGAAUUAAUCAGUAGUGUUUUCAAAACCAUUUGCAUGGCUUCAUGUUAUUCUCUAUUUUUCUGUCUCCCCUUUGCGGUUGUCCUACAAGUAUAUACUCACGGAUGCUAAAUACAAAUGUAAUUUGAAUUUCCUUCCAUUGUGUCUGCUUGCAAUCUCUAUAAAUUCUCAAAUAAAAAAAGGGAAUGACCA